UCCGUUCUGGUUUAUGUCCCAUCACAGUCUUUUCUCAAAGGGCUUCCUAAGGUCAUUUUCGGGUAUACGCUUCUAUGACCACGAAGAGUGUCUUUGCCAAGUCUGGUUCUGUUUGGCCUUUAUCCACGUCCUGGAUUCCACGCAGGCCCUGAAAAGCCCUGAGAAAUAAAAGAUUAACCAGGUCCAGUGGACCCUGUGGUUCCUCACCUCCAAGGGUCAGCCUCUCAUGCCAUCAACCCCAAACCGGUUCUCGGCUCUGCACCCAAAUCACUGGCUCUGCCAGGACUGACGGAUGAGAGCGCUCCAGAGACUGAUUCAGGGCAGGGUCCUGCUCCUGACCACCUGUGCGGCUGGCAUUGGUGGUACUUUUCAGUUUGGCUACAACCUCUCCAUCAUCAAUGCCCCGACUUUGCCCAUUCAGGAAUUCAUCAACGAGACAUGGUGGCUACGAACCGGCCAGCCACUGCCCAACCACCUGGUUCUGUUUGUGUGGUCCCUCAUUGUGUCUCUGUACCCCCUGGGGGGCCUCUUUGGAGCCUUGCUUGCCGGGCCCCUGGCUGUCCUGCUGGGAAGGAAGAAGUCCCUCCUAGUGAAUAACGUCUUUGUGGUGGCCGCGGCCACCUUGUUUGGCUUCAGCCGCCGAGCAGGCUCCUUUGAGAUGAUCGUGCUGGGCAGGCUGCUCAUGGGAAUCAGUGCAGGCUUGAGCAUGAAUGUCCAGCCCAUGUACCUGGGGGAAAGUGCUCCCAAGGAACUCCGAGGAGCCGUGGCCAUGACCCCAGCCAUCUUCACUGCCCUGGGGAUCUUGAUAGGUCAGGUGGUUGGACUCAGGGAGCUCCUGGGUGACCCAGGGGCCUGGCCCCUGCUGCUGGCCAGCUGCCUGGUGCCUGGGCUGCUCCAGCUUGCCUCCCUCCCUCUGCUCCCUGAGAGCCCACGCUACCUACUCAUUGACUGUGGAGACACUGAGGCCUGCCUGGCAGCCCUGCAGCGGCUGCGGGGCACUGCAGACGUGGUGGGGGAGCUGGAGGAGCUGGAGGAGGAGCGGGUCGCCUGCCAGGACCAGCGCACCCGGCGCCCGUGGGAGCUGUUCCAAGAUCGUGGCCUGCGGAGGCAGGUGAUGAGCCUCGUGGUGCUGGGCAGUGCCGUGGAGCUCUGCGGGAACGACUCGGUGUAUGCAUACGCCUCCUCAGUGUUCCAGGCGGCGGGGAUCCCCGAGGGGAAGGUCCAGUAUGCAGUCUUGGGGACUGGGAGCUGCGAGCUGCUUGCGGCCUGCCUCAGUUGUGUGCUGAUCGAGAGGUCCGGCCGCCGCGUGCUGCUGAUAGGCGGGUACUGCCUGAUGACCUGCUGGGGAACUAUUUUCACCGUGGCCUUAUACCUGCAGAGCUCCUUCUCCUGGAUGCCCUACCUGGCCAUGUCCUGCAUCUUUGCCUUCAUCCUCAGCUUUGGCAUUGGCCCCGCCGGAGUGACAGGGAUCCUGGCCAUGGAGCUGUUUGACCAGAAGUCCAGGCCUGCUGCCUAUAUGGUUGGCGGCGCACUCGUGUGGACCUUGCUCUUCUUGGUCGGGCUGGGGUUUCCCUUCAUCAAGAGCGGUUUUCAUUUCACUGCAAAACUGAGAAGAAAAUACAGAGAUUUCCCAUAUGCCUCCUCCCUCCUCACAGGCAGGGAUGAUUCCUUUAUUGUCGGGGACCGCCUCCAGCCGGGAAAGUCCCCGCCAUUACAAGAUGGCGCUUGGCUCACUGCCAGCAAAAUACGCUGCAUGUAAACAAC